GCUGCUGUUUAUAUGUAUUACAAAUUUCGAGAAGCCAUUCGGGAAAUCAACCAUUCUUGUAGCAUGAUUCUUCGUCUAACAAUUUGAAUGCAAUUAAUGAGAUCUCUCCAAACUCGCUGUCUCCACACAAAACGCCAAGAUUUUAUACUCGCUUACCCUCACUAGCUCUACACGUGACCACACUUCCAAAUUUUCAAAUUCCACCACCAUUUCAAAAUUUCUCCCUCGCGCUCACAAUCAAUCAUCGACAACACGACAAUCCCAACGCCAACAUCUACAAUGGCCGCCGAAAAGCAAGCUCGUACCGGCCUCGCCGUCGGUCUCAACAAAGGACACAAAACCGAGGCUCGUGUCUCCAAGCCCAAGGUUAGCAGAACCAAGGGUCACUUGAGCAAGCGCACUGCGUUUGUCAGAGAUAUCGUCAAGGAGGUUUCUGGUCUCGCACCAUACGAGCGCAGAGUCAUUGAAUUGCUCCGUAACAGCAAGGACAAGCGUGCCCGUAAGCUCGCAAAGAAGAGGCUCGGUACUUUCGGACGUGCUAAGGCCAAGGUCGACGAGCUCCAAGGUGUCAUUGCCGAGUCCCGCAGAGCCGGUCACUAAAUUCCUAACCUCAUAUUCUCUCACUACGAAAAAAUCACAUCUCGUCUCUCCAAUACAACGGAUCGAUACAUGGGUUUAUGAUGGAUCUCCACAUUUACACAAGUCAAGCAUAUGGGAAUUGGAGCUGUAACAACGAAGAAUUUUACGAGUUACUAUGAUUCUGGGGAUUGGGAUCUGAAGUUGCUAGUAACCUAGCAUUCAUGAAGAUCUCAGGGCAAAAAUAAGAUACCUUACAAAAAUUGUGUUCA